AUGAAGAAGUCCACACCGACUCCUAAGCAACUGCUCAAAAAGAGAGCACGCAACAAUAAGAUAUUGCUGGAUAAACCUAAUGAAUGCUCUAGAAAAAUGCUUAGCGAAAAGACAUUAAAACCAUUAGACCACAAAAACACUUAUGCUAAAUCUGCCCAGUUCAAGACACAGGAUCGAAAACUAAAAGAAGAUGAUUACCGUAACCCGUAUUCCGUGCCAGAGCGCCUGAGGGUCACUACCAAGUGCUUACCGCCUAGAAAGAAAAAACCUGUUCCAUUUAUAAUGGGCGACAUUCACACAGUUUGUGAUAUCGAUCCAUCGUUUUACAAAAUAAUAGAAGGCCGGCCGAUCAGAUCCUUUUAUGAUAUCAAAACGUACAUGAGACACAUUAGAGAUAUCACCUUGUUUCGUGCAGACGCUGGCUAUUUGAAAGAAGAAAUAAUACAAAUUGAGACAGGAAUCGCAGAAGAGCAAGAGGAAUAUGCCAGAAUUGUGAAUCUCUGUCAUUCAAUGAAAAUACAUUUUGUGGUAUUUGCUGAAGAAAGCUACAAAGAAGCUAAACGUGUGCAGACUUUAGCGGAUGAUGUUGCUCAAAAGUUGUCUGCGGUGACUGACGAAUUGGAAGGUUACAGUUUUGAGUUCGUGCGCUUGAAGAAUGAAUUUUCUGACAUAGUUGCUGUUUAUGAAAAUUUGACCAGGUAUAAGAAAUUUUUGACAAUCAUGGCCCCUAACUGGUGGCGGGAACGCUACGAAGGGUCAUGCGAGAAAGCUACGGCGCUGUGUUGCGAGUUGUUUACUAAUUUGGAAUCAGAAGAGGUAGAAUUAGUAACUAUGUAUAAAAAGAGUGCUGUAACAUUAGCGCAAUUAGAGCCGCAACUAUACUUCAAAAAACCAAUAGAGCUUAGCACUUUAAUGGACGAUGCAGGUAGGCAGUGUUUAAACUAUUUGGAAAUUGUCGCUUACUUUUCAUCGGCCCUUCACAAAAUACACAAACAAAGAAAAGCGUAUAAAGAAAUGAUGAUUGAGCAAUACGAAGACCUGCAAAGCAUUAUAGAGUAUUUUUUAAGAAGAGUUAAGGCUUUGGAAGAAAAACGGGAUGCUUACAAGGCUGCGUUUGAUAGGUUAUUGGCAAAUGAAUUUUACCGUUUAGUAGCUUCUUACGAUGCUACCAAGUUGUUUACUAGUUUGCAAUUUGUCCAUACCAGACUUUUAAACACGAAAGAGGAUCCUAGAGAUACUCCAACUUCUCUAAUGCUUAACAUAGAAAGACUGUACUUUAGACUUUGUGAAAAUUUAGAAGCGUUAGAUCAAAAGAUUGUUAAGGUAGCAACAAAGCAGAUAUUCGAUGAAGAUAUUAGGGUUAUGAAACAAGCCCACGAUGCACAAAGGGAUUUGAAGGAAUACGACGUUUUAUGUAAAGCGCUUUAUAAGAGUUUUGAGCCUUCGAGAAAGAAGACUGGAUGCUUAAUUUAA